GUUAUUUCUGGGUGAAGUGAAGUAAACAACCAAGGGUAAAGUAAAGAAGGGGAGGGUAGCAGUCUGUUGAAAACUGUAACCAAAAUGGCGGACAAUGAUCAUACCCUGUAUUGUAUCUGUAUAGUACCCUAGUUUUACGUAUGAGUUGGCGAUUUAUGACGAUUUUCAUUUUUUAGAGACAUUUUCAAAUGCAUGUAAAUUUUGCCUAAAAACUCGCGAACAAACCAACAAGUAUAGUUCUGAGGCAAGAUUUAGUGAAAAUUCCCAUUAGAUAGGGAAACGAGCAAGUUCGAAUUCGCGCGUAUUCUUCUAUUGUUCUCAAAUCUCAACCAGUCAUACCUAGUUCACUGCAGCGUAGUUCAUUUAAUUUUUUUUACCGCUGAUCAACAACAGCACCACGAAAAUGCAAAGAAGUACUUCCAGUUCCUUCCAAGACGAUCAAGCAAAACACGACUUCCAACAAGGUUCUCUUCGCCAAAAUCAACCUCCUCGUCAACGUCAGUUACGUUAUGAUAUCGAAUUUGGAGAAGGCCUCAAUACCGUUCUUAGACCUAAUGACUUCAGUGAAUGGGGCAUCUACUAUAAUAAUGAGAAUAAAUUCGAAGUGAUGGCAGUUAUCGAAAAAUUCGAGGGUUUCAUGAAAUAUCACAACGCUAACGAAUACCAAUACCGAUGGUAUUUCGAGCAAGUAAUCAACAGUGAAGGUUAUUAUCGCCCAAAUCAAUCUCCUCGUCAACGUCAAUUACGUUAUGAUAUCGAAUUUGGAGAAGGCCUCAAUACCGUUCUUAGACCUAAUCACUUCAGUGAAUGGGGCAUCUGCUAUAAUGAUGAGAAUAAAAUCGAAGUGAUGGCAUUUAUCGAUAAAUUCGAGGGUUUCAUGGGAUGCCACCACGCUAACGAAUACCAAUACCGAUGGUAUUUCGAGCACGUCAUUAACAGUAAAGAAGCCCUAUGCUGGAAGAAUAUUUCGAGCAAAAUCGAAGAUUACAUUUCAUACCGAAACUCUUUCGUCAAAGCUAUGUGCGAUGGUAUUCAACAACAUAAUGCCGGUGAACAUUCUCUCAACCUGGAAAUGGAUACUUCGUCAUCGGCCUUACAAGACGCUCAAGGACAACACGACUUCCAACAAGGUUCUCUUCGCCAAAAUCAACCUCCUCGUCAACGUCAAUUACGUGAUGAUAUCGAAUUUGGAAAAGACUUCAAUGACGCUCUUAAACCUAAACACUUAAUUGAAUGGGGCAUCUGCUAUAAUGAUGAGAAUAAAUUCGAAGUGAUGGCAUUUAUCAAUAAAUUCGAGGGUUUCAUGAGAUGUCACCGCGCCAGCGAAUACCAAUAUCAAUUGCUUUUUCAGGUAGUAAUUAGCAAUAGUGAAGCCUUAUGCUGGAAGACCAAUUCGAGCAGAAUUAUCGUAGAUUACAUUUCAUACCGAGCCUCUUUCGUCGAAGCUAUGUGGGAUGGUAUCCAUCAACAUAAUGCCCGUGAACAUUUUCUCAACCUGGAAAUGGAUACUUCUUCAUCGGUAAAGCUAGCUUCGGAACUACUGCGGUGGUACAACAUACUUGCCGAUACCGAUUUGCCCGACGCAUUUUUGAUGAGUACUAUCCUUGAGAAGCUUCCGGAUGACUUACGAGUAUCUUCUAAACUGCCUGAGUUGUAUGAUAAUAAGGACCGAAAUAAGUUCGCAGAAAGACUAUACGAAUUGACCCGACCGACACGAAAUAUACGCUAAGUCAUCGUAUGUAUGGCAACCAACGUCAAGCAAUCGAUUUGUUGUAGCACAUUUUCAUUAGGUAGGUACGUUUUAUCAAUAGAAGUGAUUUUUUUCAGUUUUCUCUACAUAGAUGUAUUUUUUGGUUAGCUUUAUUACUAGUACCUACUUGAUGUUUCUUUGAAUAAUAAAUGAUUAAAAAUCAA